AUGGAAAAGAAGUUGUUGCUAUCGAAGCACUCACUCGCUAGUUACGACAACCAUGCCUCCGCGCUUCUCAGUCCAGUCUUCCCUGAAGGCAUUGACCAGUACAGCAUUCAAUCCCAGAAAUGGUUGAUUAUUACCGUGCUAACCAACGAUCGUCUAGGAUCUGUCCCCGGUCCGUUGUCCAAUGCGUUUUACUCCUCCAUCAGGGCCGUGUCUAGCAAGGCUCAAGUGCGCAGAAAGCAUGAUCCCUUUAUGAUGGCUCAGGCGCGCCAGCGCAAGGCAGCCAAUGUGUCCCGCCAAAAAGUGCUUGCGGAGGAGCGGGAAUCCUCGCUUGGUGACCCCGUGAAGAGCAAACCGACACCCUUUAUCCGAGAAAUGACAGCGAUACAAACCGACCCGCUUGUUUCGUCUUCUAUCACCGAAGAUCUUAACCAUUACUUGAAGUCCAACGAGUUGGACGCCGCCCUGGGCUUCUCCAAGAACCUGACUGAACCGCUCCAAAAUCCCGAUCGCAACACAGCCGAUCCUCAAGCCGAACAGGAGGCAAUUGAAACGCACAACAACCAGCACAGCAAUGCGCAAGAAGCGAUCAACAGAAUUGUGAACCUCGAUAAUGGAAACAACAAGGACCGGGUGCGCCUGAACAUUGCUAAGUGCAUUGAGACGUUCGGUCGACACUACACAGAUUCAAGUCUUCCACCAAAGCCAUCAGCUGUGGCCCAUGCAUCGGCUCCCAUUCAUCCGACACGCGCGCCGCGUGUUGGACCCGAUACCGGCUCUGCUGAGGUGCAAGCCGCGAUCUUGACAGUGAAGAUCCUGAACCUCUCCCGCCACCUCGAAUCUGCAAACAAGGACAAGCACAACAAACGCAACUUGCUAGUCCUCGUCCACAAGCGCCAAAAACUGCUGAAAUACCUCCGCAGAAAGGAGCGCGGAGGUCCCCGGUGGCAGAACUUGAUGGAUACAUUGGGAUUGUCUGACGCUGCCUGGAAGGGACAGAUUGCCCUAUAA